AGCAGAGACAGCAACCGCUGGACACCGUUAAUGUGGGCAUCAAAGCUAGGGUGGGGAAAGUCUUGUCAAGCAUUGUUGGACAUGCAAGCAUCACCAGAUGACGUCAACAUGGACGGAGAUACUGCCUUGCACAUUGCCUGUAGGCAAGGUCACGUAGCCAUUGUCAACUUACUGCUGGAAAAUGGCGCAAGUUUAAAUGUUUGCAACACGCAGAGUUUAACCUGUCUAGAGGCUGCAGUUCGGGCGGGGAAUAGCGAGGUAGCCAUGGCUAUGGUCAAGCAUCAAAGAUGGCCUGAAAUAAUGGAACACAAGGACAUACAUGGCCACACACCUAUGAAGCUGCUAAUAGAGCACUUUCCAGAAAGCGCUGAGCUGUUGAUGGACCGCUGUGUUAAAAGAUCAGAGAUGACGAGUUCCAACGAUCCACAGUUUUCUGUUACUUACGAUUUCAGCCUUCUAGACCCAGGCCCUGACGACCCAGCUUUCGUUCAUGGAAGACGUUUCUUCGGACCAAGCACCAUGGUGAAACACGAGCGGAAAGGACUGCUGCUUCAUCCACUAACCCAGAUGUUGCUGAGUCAGAAAUGGUCGACCUUUGGACGCUUCAUUUACUACUUGAACUUUCUAUCGUAUUUGAUCUUUGUUGGUCUCUAUUCGGCUUUUAUCGUCAUUGAGAGAAAUAAGCAGAACUUUACGUCACUCGUCAAAGUGGACGGAAAAGACUGUUACUAUGAAGACUUUUCUUACUUUGACGACAAUGACACCUUUAUAGAAGAUUAUCAACUGGUAUGUGACAAAGUGUCGGAAGUUUACGAUGUCGAAACGGCAUUUAGCAAAGGGUUUUCGUAUAUAGUGUUUGGCUUCGCACUUGUCCAUCUUGUGAAGGAGAUUUUCCAAAUAUUCAUUCAACGCUUUAGGUACUUCACAGACAUCAGCAACCUGCUCGAAUGGGCGCUCUAUGGUACCGCAUUUGCCUUCAUGAUACCAUUUGUUAUGCCUGACGAUAUCACUGAAGAUCUAUUCAGCCAAAUGACAGAUCCUUACUUUCUCUGGAUUGUGGGAUUGGUGUCGAUAUUCCUCUGUUACGCAAACUUGGUCCUCUUCCUCCGCCGAUUUCGCCUGUUUGGUAUUUACGUCACCAUGUUUCUAGAGGUCACCCAGACGGUGCUCAAGGUGCUGAUGGUCUUCUUUGUCUUCAUUUUUGGGUUUGCCAUCGUUUUCUUCAUCCUCUUUAAGGAGCAGGAUUCAUUUAGCGAUCUCGGGAGAUCUUUUCUCAAGGUGUCAGUGAUGAUGAUUGGGGAGCUAGAAUUCGAUGAUACAUUCAUUAAAACCAUUAGCAAGAAUGCUACGUCGCGAUCGACUACCGCACCACAGAAUCCGUUUCCUGAAGCUGCGUUUGUCUUCAUCACUUUUUUCCUGCUUCUUAUGGCGAUCAUACUGAUGAACCUUCUGGUAUGUAGUCAACUAGAAAGAUUCAUCUCUUUAAUCCAUGCAGGAUUUCGAGCGAUUUUACUUAUCGCAUUUGCUUUGGUUUUGCAUUACUACCUUAUUGUCUCAUGAAACCCACGCCACUUUGUCAUCUAAUCAGAAGUAAGACCAAAACCAUUCAUG